GCAGUAAAAGCAAUACUUAACUAAUUAGAUAAAUAAGGGAAACUGUAUCCUAUAGCGUUCUACUUAUAGAAGCUAAGUAUAGCUAAGCUAAACUAUAAUAUCUAUAAUAAGGAACUAUUAGCUAUAAUAGAAGUAUUUAAAUAGUAAAGAAUCAGACGGCAAGCCUGCAUCAGGAAAUGGAUGUACCCCGUUCGGGCAAUCCGCGCCUCGCUUACGGCUUUCGCGCUACGCUCGACCCGGCAAUCGACCUCAACGUCCGCCAUAAAAGGCCUCCCUUCGCCGUCAUUUUCCCUCCCUCUCUCCUCAUCCUUUUCUCUCUACUCUUAUCCCUCCACCCGCAACCCCUUUGCACAGCCCUCGUCUUCGCCAGCCGCCCCAUGCGCACAUGCAAGCCGUACCCACUUCCCUCAAUUUCCAUGUCUCAGACUGAUGAUAGCGCAGCGCCUUUCGGGCACUCCGACAGCGAAUUCCUCCCUCACACUCUCAUCGUCACGAUGGACGAAACGUCCGUUUCCUACUCUCGCCGCUAGAAUCACAAUAGCCGUUCGUCCCUCCUUGCUGCCGCUCGAUCCCGGGAGACUCCCAUUCAGGCUUGCCGGCAUUCACGAUACUCGAAGGCGUCCCCGCCCCGUACUCAGGCCACUCCUUCGCCUCCAGAGAGCCAGUAUCCGUAGCCGCCGAUCCACAGGAUCCACGGGAACUGCCACGUCAGCACGGCUGCCUGCUUCGUGUUCUCGACAGUUUUCAUCCCAAAGCGACACCGCCCCCUCAGUCCCCUCGACGCUGCAAGCUCCCUCGUAUCUCCAAAUAACCCCUGGCCACCUUGCGUUUCAUUCUAUUUCAGCCGGCGACCGUGCUUGAUCAUGCAGGCGUCACUUCUGCCGAAUGGGCUAUAUGCUAUUGGCCCCGGACUCGCCGUGUCUCGCAGCUUAUCAGCUCCAGCUGCUCCACAGACCGUAAUUAGUCCGCUGCUGGACCUCUGCUGCAUGGGGCUGUGCUAGGCACCACUCAAUCGGCAGAUGGACGUCACUCCUGAUCCUCCGGAUCAAUGUGGCACACGCAUGUGCAUGGUCCGCGCAAACUUUGCGAACGUCAGCGAGCGCGACGAAUCACCGGCAUGGCUGCGG